AUGUUGAUUUUAGAAGGUGUGGGUAAGAGUUGCCUCCUCUUGCGUUUCUCAGAUGGCUCGUUUACCACCAGUUUCAUCACGACCAUUGGAAUUGAUUUCAAGAUACGGACUAUUGAGCUGGAUGGGAAGAGAAUUAAGCUGCAAAUCUGGGAUACUGCAGGGCAGGAGCGGUUCCGGACUAUCACAACUGCAUACUACCGUGGAGCCAUGGGCAUUUUGCUUGUGUAUGAUGUCACCGAUGAAUCAUCUUUCAAUAACAUCAGGAACUGGAUCCGUAACAUUGAGCAGCACGCUUCUGAUAAUGUCAACAAGAUUCUUGUGGGGAACAAGGCUGAUAUGGAUGAAAGCAAAAGAGCUGUGCCAAAAGAAAAGGGCCAAGCUCUUGCAGAUGAAUACGGAAUCAAGUUCUUCGAGACUAGUGCCAAGACUAACCUAAACGUUGAGGAAGUUUUCUUUUCAAUUGGUAAAGACAUUAAGCAAAGACUCGCAGAUACCGAUGCAAGGGCUGAGCCACAAACAAUCAGAAUCAACCAAUCCGACCAAGGUGCAGGGACGUCUCAAGCUACUCAGAAAUCAGCAUGUUGCGGUUCGUAGAGAAUACGGUUGAAGAUACGAACAUGGUAUUUUCUUUCACCUUAGAAAAGAGUGAAAAAUAUCUUCAAUGCUUUUUCUCUAUGGGAUGGUGUUGUUUUUCUACGUAUUCUUUAAAAAUCUUCGAUGUUCCUCUUUUUUAAAAUAGUUGUAUAAAUAUUUGAUUACUCACUGUUGCAGGCAUUGAAAUACAUUUAACGAAUUUUUGUUUACAUACAUGACAGAACAAAUGAAAAUAUUGUCA